AUGAGGCUGUUGGUGCCAGUGAAGCUGACUGGUACGGCCCCUCCGUCCCCUUCUGACCGGGCGAACCUGCAGAGCAGGCAGGAGGGGAGAAGGGAGUGCGUUGGAAGGGGAAAAGCCCAGACGAUGCUGCUGCUGCCACUGAAGAUCACUGAAAGAACCUGCGGGCAGGAGCAGGAGGAGCAGGAAGAGCAGAAGGAUCAGCAGGAGCAGGAGGAGCAGGAGGAGCAGGAGGAGCAGGAAGAGCAGAAGGAUCAGCAGGAGCAGGAGGAGCAGGAGGAGCAGGAGGAGCAGGAAGAGCAGAAGGAUCAGCAGGAGCAGGAGGAGCAGGAGGAGCAGGAGGAGCAGGAAGAGCAGAAGGAUCAGCAGGAGCAGGAGGAGCAGGAGGAGCAGGAAGAGCAGAAGGAUCAGCAGGAGCAGGAGGAGCAGGAGGAGCAGGAGGAGCAGGAAGAGCAGAAGGAUCAGCAGGAGCAGGAGGAGCAGGAGGAGCAGGAGGAGCAGGAAGAGCAGAAGGAUCAGCAGGAGCAGGAGGAGCAGGAGGAGCAGGAAGAGCAGAAGGAUCAGCAGGAGCAGGAGGAGCAGGAGGAGCAGGAGGAGCAGGAAGAGCAGAAGGAUCAGCAGGAGCAGGAGGAGCAGGAGGAGCAGGAGGAGCAGGAAGAGCAGAAGGAUCAGCAGGAGCAGGAGGAGCAGGAGGAGCAGGAAGAGCAGAAGGAUCAGCAGGAGCAGGAGGAGCAGGAGGAGCAGGAGGAGCAGGAAGAGCAGAAGGAUCAGCAGGAGCAGGAGGAGCAGGAGGAGCAGGAGGAGCAGGAAGAGCAGAAGGAUCAGCAGGAGCAGAGUGAGCUGAAGAGCUCUGUCAACUCAGGCGUCCCAAUCGAGAACCCAUCAGAAGGCGCCACGUCAGACUGGCUGUAUCCGCUGAUGUGA